AUGGCACGAAAGCGAAGACAUUGGGAGAAUCACCCGCCGGACGGAGUAAAUAUGGAAUCAAAGGUUAGGAAGGCAGGAAGUGCCCAGAUCAUCGGAGGGGUUAGCUACCGUUUUGCACUUGUCCGACACCGUCGAGCAGGGACGGGCAGGCACUGUAAAGGUAAUGGGUCCGAACUGGGAGGAGCGCAGGACCGACACCAGCACCAGUACCAGCACGGAGCCCCUCCCAAGGCCUCACCACCGUUUUCCCACCGUCAGGACCUUGAACACGUCGAUUCAGCAGAGGACGCUGAGGGCAGACUCCCUCCCACAAAGGGUCGAAACAGUCAUGGCCUGUCUGGGGCCACUCGACGGACGGGGUCGACCAGGGUGCUUGGCCGUAUCUGGACCCAGUGGGCGAGAAUCUCCAACCCAGCGACUACCAUGAAUGGCCAGGCCUUCAGGCUUCAUUCAGUGCCGCAGCCUUCGUCCCUCUUCAUGUUUGACCGGCAGUCAAGGACCCAAAAGUGGCCAGAAAAACCGGACAAGUUCAAGCCCAAUCGACCCGAAAAAAACCUCCCAAGCAUCACUGCGACACAGCAACAGCAAACUAUCGACCGCAGGCACGAGUAG